AAGACGCCAAAAUCCCGCUUCUGGGCCACCUACACACGGGAAGCUACGGAUUAUGACGGAGAGUUUCUUGAAAAGUAUCAGUCAGACAUGGAUAUCGUCCUCAUAUUCGCCGGUCUGUUUUCAGCCGUCAAUACGUCGUUUAUUGUAAACAUGCAGGCGAACCUCAACCCUGAUCCAAUGGGCACUACGAAUGCAUUGCUUGGAAUGCUGCUCCAGACUGCCAACUCCUCCUUUAUCUCACAGUCUGGUCUACCCUACGCGCAGUGGCAGGGACCUAGUGCCACAGUAAUCUGGGUCCAGUCGUUGACUUACGCCAGUCUUUGCGCAAGCCUACUUGCCGCCCUUGGAGCCGUGCUAGGGAAGCAAUGGUUGAGCAACUUCAAACGCUCUAGCCGUGGUACCGUUGACGAUCGGGGCCGACAAAGGCAGAUGAAACUCGAUGGUCUUCGGACUUGGCAUUUCGAUGCUGUGUUGCAGUUCUUGCCCUCGCUCUUGCAGAUCUCUCUCCUCCUUUUUUGGGGUCGCACUGUCCGCUAG